AUGCAGCUGGACGGGAAAUGGUACAUUGCAGUGAUCAACAAACUGCCAGACGAGGUGUCAAAGACCCUGGGCUCCUCGCUCAGCCUCGCUCAAGUCCAAUUCCUCAAAACAGUGCUGGAGGCGAUUGCUAUGGACCAAGAUGCAGAGGAUGGCGUGGGGUCCGUGGGUGCUGUGCAAGCCAGCAACCUGAACUUCACCCAGACGCAGGCUUUCCAAGCCACUCAGGCAGAAGGAGGAUCCCAGGCUUCUUCGCAGCAGCUGAAGCUGAGCAUGGUGGAGAAGGAAGCGCUGCUGCCUCGGCUGGUGGAGGAGCACUGGCUCGCACCCAGCCCCCACAGGAUGGGCUAUUACAGCAUCGGGGUGCGAUCCUUUCUGGAGCUGAAGGACUAUCUGCUUUCGCUGGAGUUGCCGGAGGAGACACGCACUGCCUGGGAGAAAUUCCUUUGA